GAAAUUAUGAGAGGAGGGGCUUUUGAACAGAGAGAAAGGCUGAGCGCAUGUGAUUGUCAGUAACAAGCUCUCAGUACAGUCCGAUGACUCGUGCCACACUGGUGCAAUUGGGUGCGUGUGUACUUGAAUAAAUACCCGAGAGUUUGACAGCCGCCAUGAGUCCGCCAGUUAUCGCUAAUUUCUAGAAUUUUUCUUAAAUGAAUCGACCUUCCCCAUAGAUUUAACAAACAAUCCCCCUACAUCUGCACAAUUAUCCACACAUUACUCGGUUUUUUUCUCGUAUCUUUUUAUUCAAAGCAUCUUCUUUACCUGGCCAUUGUCUCGGCCUCUCGGUCAAUCCAAAAUAGCAGAGGACAUUGCACGUGGAGGAAUUUGUGGACGCGAGAAACUUUCAGCACCUGUGGAGCCAAUUUCAUAUGCGCGCAAUGUGUUUUUAUUUUUAUUAUUGAAGUUUACUGUUGGUAAAUUGAUCUUGAGGUUUUACGUUUUUAGAAUUGAUUUUUUUAAUAGCGAUAAAUUUGUAUGACAUUCGAACUUUAUAAGGCGUCAUGUAAUGUCUCCAAUAUUCAGUGAAAUUUUAAGAAAGUGGAAUGAAACGGUGAAAGUUAUCCAAAACUGUGGAGAUUCAGGGAAACGAGUGGUUAGGAUGUCAAUGGACAAUGGACAGUGAAUCGCAAUUCGUUAUUUACUCACGUCUCAGAUGACGAAUACUCAGGAUAUAGUACGAACAUUCGAGUUUCAUUCCAACGAUUGUUCGUCAUAUUCGUCUGUUCAUACAGAUGUGAUACAUAUUUAUGAUUGGCAAACUGUGUGAAUGGACUUUCAUCGCGUGUCUUGAAAAAGAGGAAAUUAUCACUGAGGGAUAUGGAGCGCUUGCGCAAAAGAUUUUUGAGAAGGAGGCCGAUAGAUACCGAUCUGGAGACACCUGAAGAGCAAAAAGAAAGAUGGAAAAGCAUAUACAUAAUUUACUUCACAAUGUUUCUAAUGUCGCUGGGUUUCAGUAUAAUAUUGUCGAGUAUUUGGCCGUACUUAGAUAGUUUGGAUCCAACGGCUGGAAAGAUAUUUAUGGGCUACGUUGUAGCAGCAAAUCCAUUUGGGCAAAUGUUAUUUUCACCACUGAUCGGUUGGUGGGGAAAUAAAAGAGGUUCUGUGCGGUUACCAAUGCUCGUAACUCUCGCACUUUUUGUUGUUUCCUCUGCGGCUUACAGUUUAGUACAGAUCCUGCCAGGAUCGCCGAAAAUUUGGAUGCUCACUGCCAGACUGGGGAUCGGUAUUAGUUCCGCAAAUAUUGCCCUUACGAGAUCGUAUCUUUCGGCAGCAACAGUAUUAGCAGAAAAGAUUCAAGCUGUUUCCAUGGUAUCUCUUGCCCAGGUGUUGGGAUUUGCCGUUGGGCCAGCCCUUCAGGCAGCAGUCACCCCAAUAGGCAAAGGUUUUACGUUGCUGGGAUUGCCCAUAAAUAUGUACACAGCACCCGGCUGGUUGAACGUCAUCAUGGGAAUAGCGAAUUUUGUUCUGUUUUUGCCAUAUUUUUUCAAAGAGCGACACAUCGCUACUCGUGAAGCCAUGAGGGACCUGGGGAAAGUAACUGAAAAAGAAGCGUGGAAAGCUUAUAAGCCAGAUUAUUUAGGAGCUUGGAGUUUGAUACUCGCUUUUGGAAUUCUAGUCUUCAAUUUUAUAUUAUUGGAAACGCUUGGAACACCUCUCAUGCUGGACAAUUUUGCUUGGACAAAACAAGACACAGUGGGGGCUAUGGGAAUAAUGAUGAGCGUCGGUGCAGUCCUCGCUUGUCUAUCAUUUGCAAUGAUCGAGCCUUUGUGCAAAAAGUUUAAUGAACGAAAAAUGCUGAUCUGGGCAGGUUUCUUCUUGAUGAUAAUAGGCAGAGUACUCAUUAUUCCAUGGGGACCAGGAACACCAAGAAUGGCGGAACUAGAUCCAAUAACCAAUGCGACAAGUACGGAGAAUGGCAAUGGUACUGAAAUAAUUGGAUGCCCAAGAACUCAAGAAUGGUGUUAUCACACUCCCAUGAUGACUCCCCUUCAAUGGUUUAUUGGCUAUGUAUUUACAACUAUUGGUUACCCCAUAGGGGUAACACUGACCCAAACAAUAUUCAGUACAAUCCUGGGACCACGUCCGCAGGGCCUGUGGAUGGGAAUGCUAACGGGGACUGGUUGUGCCUCUCGAGUUCUGGGUCCCGUCUUCGUUGGUUACAUCUACACGGUCUGGGGACCUUAUCCCACCUUCGGAAUAACCGGCUUUACCCUCAUUGUGGGUAUGAUCUGGCUCAUGUGCGUUGAUAAACGAUUAAUUCCAAAAGUACCGGAAAGUAAGAAAAAAACUCAAAAUGGAAAUGUCGAGGUGGAGCUGCCGCUCUUCGGUGCACCAGAGAAUCAGACCAAUGAGAUCGAGAUGCAGAAUUUGAAUGAAAAUUCUAUACACAAUGAUAAAUGAUCUUGUGCUUUUUUAAAGCAUGUGUACAUAUCUGUUGCAGAUUUUUUCUGCGCAUUAGACAAUCAUGUGAAAUUUAUUUUUGUAUAUCUCUAAGAGACGAUCCGUGAUCUUGCUAGUUAUUUCAGUCUCAAUUAAUAAAUAGCCAGUUAGGGUGAACAUCAA